UUACCUGAAGCGGAUAGAGAGAGAAAGCAAAAGUGUGUGUGGGAGAGAGAAGUGGAAAUGAUGAAAAGGCAAAGGCAAAGGCAUUGAAGGAAGAAAAAGUAACACAGAUUCAGCAAGGAAUUGCUUCUCCUCCAAGACUAAGUAAGCCAGCUAUCGCCAGUUUCCGCCAUUAAAACUUUCACACCAUUUCUCACGGGAAACCCUCGCACUCCAAAACAAAAAAGUAACCCUCCCAUUGCUAUAAAAACCCUUCGCCACCCUUUUUUAGCUCUCCAACUCCCAAUGGAUGUCGCUUCCUACUCUCUUCUUUUCGUCUGCUUUCUUCAAUCGGUCAGAGCAAUAUUAGACCCCAACGAUUUCCUCGCUCUGCAAUCCAUUCGGAAAUCGCUUCACGAUGUCCCCGGUUCUAAUUUCUUCGCCUCCUGGGACUUCACCGCCGAUCCCUGCAACUUCCCCGGCGUUUACUGCGUCGACGAUAAAGUCGUCGCGCUCAACCUCGGCGACCCCAGGGCCGGUUCGCCCGGUCUGACUGGAAAACUCGACCGUUCGAUUUCCAAGCUAUCUGCUCUCGCCGACCUCACCGUCGUCCCCGGAAGAAUAUACGGCCCUCUCCCUCAGUCGAUCUCCCAGUUAAAAAACCUCCGGUUCCUCGGCGUCAGCCGGAAUUUCAUCUCCGGCGAGAUUCCGGCGGGUUUAAGUCAGCUUCGCAAUAUUAGAACCAUCGAUCUCAGUUACAACCAGCUCACCGGAACAAUUCCUCCGUCCAUCGGAACCUUACCGCUGCUGACCAACCUUAUCCUCUGCCACAACCGCCUCUCCGGUUCGGUUCCCUCGUUCGCCUCGGCUUUUUCCCUAACCCGGCUCGAACUGAAGCACAACGCUCUCUCCGGUUCCCUCGCGCCGUACUCUCUCCCUCCCUCCCUACACUACCUGUCUCUAUCGUGGAACAAACUCACUGGACCAGUGGACCGCCUCUUAAAGCGCCUCAAUCGGCUUAACUACUUGGACCUUGGCUUGAACCAGUUCACAGGCCCAAUUCCGACUGAAAUAUUCUCAUUCCCCCUCACCAACCUACAACUGGAAAGAAACCAAUUCUCCGGCCCGGUCCAACCGGUCAACGAGGUGACCAUCCAGACCGUUGAUCUCAGCUACAAUAGGUUAUCCGGCCAGGUGUCGCCAAUGCUGGCAAACGUCCAGAACCUGUAUCUGAACAACAACUGGUUCACAGGGCAGGUUCCCGGCAGCUUCGUCGAACGGUUAUUGGCGGCGGGCAUUCAGAUACUGUAUUUGCAGCACAAUUUUCUUACCGGCAUUGCAAUAAGCCCGACGGCGGAGAUUCCGGUGAGCAGCACCCUGUGUUUGCAGUACAACUGCAUGGUGCCACCGGUACAGACGGCGUGCCCCUUCAACGCCGGGAAGCGGAAAAUCAGACCAGCUCAGCAGUGCAACCGCCGCUGAAGUUUGUGAAACAGAAGCUUCUUGGUCCUGUUCCAUAAAAGUCAUAAUAUAUUAUAUUAUAUUAUUACAUUAUAUUUAUUACUAUUAUACUUCAUUCAAUUCACAAUUCAGUUUCCUCUUUUUAGAAAGAAAAUUAGUAUUGAGAAAAAAACGGAUAAUUAUUUAUUAUUAUCUUCUAUUCAUUUUUGUUAUAUGAAUAAGAAGACUCUGAAUACACGCAAGAGUGUAGUGAAACCAGAGACGUCAUAGCUUUAUAGGUUACCAUGUUCAUGUAAUAUAACUCAUUAUUAAUGUAAUAUAUAUGUUUACCAAUAAAAUUUGUUUAUCGUUUUGCCAUUUCA